AUGGGCCAAAAAGAACCAGGCCCACCAGCUGUAAACCUAAUUUCCCUUCAGACAAAUGAAGGUCGUGAUGGUGGCGGCUGUUGUACGGAGAUGACGAGAGGGAAGCGUCCAUCUCCGGUGAAGGAAAGGUCGACGUUUGCUGGUUUUGGCCGUGAGGUGAGGCAGAGGAGGAGAACCAGAGGAUCCUAG